AUAUUUUCUUUAUUUUUGACACCAUGUAGAAAAAAAUUGUCUCUGUCUCUGUAAAUAAAAAUAAUGAUUUGGAAAUAUUAUUUCAUUGCAGAGGGUCCAUAUACCAGGGAUUUGCGUUUGGCAGCAUUACCUAAAGCAGCAAGACAGUCCCUUAUUAGGUAUGACCGUGAUAGUGAUGAUGCUAAAGGAGCGGCUGCCAUAGAAAUACAGAGAUACUGGAGGGGCUACCGUGGAAGAUGUAACCUACAUCAAACCUUGAACCCUAAGGUCAGUAAGACUGCUGUGUACAGUGGCAGUAUGCACCACACCACCAGGGAAGAAGAAGACUUUUUGGAAGGGGAGGGAGAGGGUGAGGGUCCUCCAAGUACAGAGAAGAUCCGAGGAUUUUAUGAGAGCUACCUGCUAGAAAUGGAGGAGAAAGGAACAAGUUCUUCAGAACUUCAGAAAUUUGAACAGUUCUGUGCCAACUUCAUCCAGGAAUGGUGGCUAGCACAGCGCCAGAAGAAUAUGGAGAUGAAGGCCCCCAGUCCACCACAGAUUACAGCUGUCACACAAUCCCUCCCGCCCCCACCACCCAAACGUAAGAGGGAGUUCUUGACUGAAAGGCAGGCAGCAGUUAUCAUACAGAAAGCUUGGAGACGACAUAUAGAUAUACAGGUAUAUCAGUACUAUAGGGAUCUCAUCAACUUCAAGUCACGAGGUAACCCCAGCCUCAUGUUGCGGUGUAUCAACCCAAAUGAAUCCAAGUACCUGGAUGCAGCCUCUGGAGUCCAUGUUAAGUUCAGACUGGCAGGGGAGAGAUUCCCACCCAACAUUUACUACAAAAUCUUCACACACAGACCUAUCCAGGAUAUGUGUGCCAACAGCCCAAAAGACUACACUUGUGCUAACGUCAAACUAAAGAUGGCUAAAGAUGUCCACAGCAAUGUCCGCACGGGUCCUAAACCAGAUGAAAAGACAGGCUGGUACCAGCGGUCAGAGAAUAAUGGCUGGAGGCUUGUGUCUGACCGUCUCAUACACCACAUCAUGGCAGACCCUAUCACAUGGGAGUCGUCCAAUAAAAAAUACAGUUUUAACCAUGACAAGCUCCAAAGAAAACAAGAUGUAGCCAAAAGGAAGAAGAUAAAGAAGAUUGACUGGAUGAAGAAAAUGUACAGAGAGGGGAUGCUGAAGGCCAAGUCCGAUGACCAGGAGACUGUGACAUUAAUAGAGGGUGCUGCAGCAGGAAUGGUGGCAACAGUCGAUCAGAUGGGUCCAGAUGCUUUGGAGGACUGGGAAGUGGAUGAACUCCUUGAUUGGACAACUAGCCUCAACUUUGAUGAGUACAUGUCUAAUUGGAAGGAAGUGGCAACAAGUGCUUAUUCAGAGAAACACGUUGAGGACAGACUUAACCUAUUCACCAGUGGCCUGGAUCCUUAUGAGUUCUCCCUGUCCACUGGUCCAUCCCGGUUCCAGUCCACACAACAAUCUCAUAACACUCCGACCUCUAGCAUGUCAGGUGCUCGUGUCCAGGCGUUAUAGGGCAUGCUGCCAUACCUUACACAAGAAGGAAAACACGAACAGUCACCUAGAGGUCACAAUGGUGUCAAGGUCAUUUGGAGGUGAUAAGGAACUUAAGAGGAUGGACACUGGUUCGUCUCCAUUGUUACAGAUAUCUUCGUGGUGACUCCUGUGGAUGUUAUUGGAGAUUGGUAACUAGUCCAGGACACACAGUCAGAAUCAUUUAAAACAAUCUUCCAUUGUCUCUGUUUUGUUACAGAUUUUAUAUCUGACAGCAGUUGAUUUGUUAACACAAAUCUCUUGUCCUGAUUCUAUUUUUAUCGAUGUUACAUAGCCAACUCUUUAUAAAAAUAAGCUGAUUUACUCCUAAACAAGUUUACAAAUGAUAAUAUAUAUUGACUUUGUGAGAAAUGUCAUUUCAGUGCCUUUAAAUCAAGCCUUUGGUUCUGUAUUGGACAGACAAAAUUUGUAUACAAGAUAGCUUAUAAUCUAUAGAGCUACUCUAGUUCUGGAACUAGGAAGCAUUCCUAUAGAAAGUAGGUCAGUUUGAUCACCUCAGUAACAAAGUAUGGUCAUUUUAAUUCUAUACCGACAAUUUUUGAGGGCAAUACAACAUUAUUUAUUUUUAAGUCAAUCAUGUGAUCAAUUUGAAACUUUGUGAUAACUUCGGAGAAACUUUUCAUGUUUGUAAGUGUAUUGCUAAAUGUAUCUCUCAGUAUUUUCAUACCACAUGUGUUACAUGUGAUGUCAUUGUUUUUGUUCAUUUAAUUUAUUCAUGAGAU